UCCGCUCACUUUGUUGAUUGGGCUUUAGCGAGCUGUACUGGAGCCAAUCAGAGGGAAACCGGACAGCGAAGCUACGUAACGAGCCAUGGAGCAGUACACUACUGCCACCACUACCACUGGGGAGCAGAUUGUUGUGCAGACUGCCAAUGGACAGAUCCAACAGCAGACGCAGGGCACAGUGACGGCUGUGCAGCUGCAAACAGAGGCGCCAGUGGUGACGGCCUCAGGCCAGCAGGUGCAGACACUCCAGGUAGUCCAGGGACAACCACUGAUGGUUCAGGUGAGCGGUGGACAGCUCAUCACAUCAUCAGGGCAACCCAUUAUGGUGCAGGCCAUGUCAGGGGGUCAGGGUCAGACCAUAAUGCAGGUCCCUGUAUCUGGAGCUCAAGGACUACAGCAGAUCCAGCUGGUGCAGCCCGGUCAGAUCCAGUUGCAAGGCGGUCAGACUCUCCAGCUCCAGGGCCAGCAGGGCCAGCCCCAACAGAUCAUCAUCCAGCAGCCCCAGACAGCAAUCACCGCUGGACAGAACCAGGGGCAGCAGAUCAGUGUGCAGGGCCAACAGGUAGCACAAACAGCUGACGGGCAGACCAUCGUCUACCAGCCUGUUAAUGCAGAUGGUACCGUGCUGCAGCAGGGAAUGAUCACAAUUCCAGCUGCCAGCUUGGCAGGUGCCCAGAUUGUACAAGCAGGGGGUGCCAACACCAACACCACCAACAGCGGCCAAGGCACUGUGACCGUCACCCUGCCCGUCUCCGGCAACAUGGUCAAUGCAGGUGGAAUGGUCAUGGUAAGACCCUGUGCAGAGAUGGUCCCUGGAGGUGGUGGAGUUCCCACAAUGCAGCGUAUCCCCCUGCCAGGGGCUGAAAUGCUUGAGGAGGAGCCUCUGUACGUAAAUGCCAAACAGUACCAUCGCAUCCUGAAGCGAAGACAGGCCCGGGCCAAGCUGGAGGCUGAGGGGAAGAUCCCCAAAGAAAGGAGGCAGAAAUAUUUGCACGAGUCUCGUCAUCGUCAUGCUAUGCAGCGCAAGCGAGGAGAUGGAGGACGUUUCUUUUCUCCUAAGGAUAAGGAGGAAAUGGCGCUGGCCUUGGCACAGCAGCAGCAGGACGCAGCCCAGGCGGCAGCAGAUGAGACAGUGGCUCAGAUGAUCCGAGUCUCGUAGCGCUGUCGCCGGCAUCAUCACUUCUGUCUGAACUCUACCCCACCUGAGACUCUUCAUCCCAGCUAACCAGCCCACAGCUUUCUCCUUUCAAUUGUUCUUCCUCCGGUCCCACCAUUACACACCAAACUGCACCGCUGCCACUGGACUUUUUCUGUUAUCUCUUUACUCCUACACUGGUCUUCCAGGGAGCUGGCCCUGUGGACUGUUCAUAUCUUCUUCAUCCAAGUGGAGGACAUUGUCAUGCUCAGCUCUUCUGGUUGAGCACUUAGGACCAGCUUUUUAUUUUCAUGAGGAACUGUUUGGACAAUGAAACCUGAAUUUCAGAGUAACCAGGGCCAGUCACACAGAGGAAUUGACAGGGAUGAAGCCAUACUCUGUCAGACCUUGGUCUGUUAAAAAUAUGAAUUUUUUUCACCAGUGGGGACUUUUUGCUUUUAAUAUUUUUUUGUAAAUGGUACCUUUUUUUUUCCAGAGACACUCGUUGAGCUUUCAUGCUACACUGCUGUUGUGUAUCUUUUAUGUGGUGCUGUUGCUUUGAAAUUUAGUUUUUUUUUUUUCAACCUAAGUGACACGGGAGUGAACUCAGCAUCUUAAGUUCAACCUGCAUCCACUGAGCAAAAACCGAAAUGUGAUGAUAAUGUGAAGAUAUUGUACAGAAAGUCUUUUCUUCCCCAGUGCGUUUGGAUAUACUUGCUGAUUUUCCCAGUUCUGUGGACAUAUUUUAUACAGUUUGUAGUACGGACUUAGUGUUUGUAGAAAAACAUUAGUUCAGUGUUGCAUCACAUUACACACACUAUCUGUGUAAUCAGUCCAUCUAAGUGUUUGGUUUUUUCAUUGUAGAUAACUGAUUUUUUUUUGUACCCAUCAGAUGUAGUCCUGCAAUGUUUAUUAUUUUUUUUUUUUUUAUAAUGAAAAAGGUUGGACGUUGCAUUCAUGAAACCUAUGUCAAUUAAAUUUUAUUAAGUGACUCAA